UGUUGCGGUCAGCCUUGGUGUGUGAGGACAAGUGUCUUAUCGGUGUUCUCAGUGCGAUCUCGGUCAGCGUGCUAUGGGGAGAGAGAGCCAGGACCGGGUGGAUACGGACGGGAGGAAAGUUGAAAGAAACAUGUCUCAAGGCAGAUGGAUCGUGCUUCUAGCUGUCGUUAUGUUCCUGGGGGGCAUCGCUGCUUUAGUGGUCGGAAUCGUCCUCGGUGUCAAGGCAACAGAAGUACAAAAAGCCAGCUGCCAAUCGUCUGUAAAGGAGGAGGAGCUAAUCACGACCACGCCCCUUCCACCAACGACGCACGCGCCCGGCCCGACAGCUUCCGUCUCCAUAGAAGGCCACUAUCGUUACGCUGCAGUGGCUACAGACACUCAGAUAUGUUCGACUGUCGGGACAGACAUUAUGGGACGUAAGGGUGGGUCGGUUGUGGACGCCGCCAUUGCUACGCUGCUGUGUGUGGGUGCUGCCAACCUGAUGAGUAACGGUCUAGGAGGUGGACACUUCAUGACUAUUUACUUGAGGAAUUCCAGUAAAGUGUACACUAUCAUUGCUCGCGAGAUGGCGCCAUCAGCGGCUACAGAGGACAUGUAUAUUGGACUCAAAGGCUACAAUAACGCAGUGGAAGGUCAGGUGGACGACAACGUGUGUAUCGACAUUGAGGUGAGCGAUAUUCAGACGCAUGCGUUAAGGAAAAUCACAGAUUUGUUAUGGUCUGGGGACGCGGGGAUUUCUCAUGGCGUGAAAACACCUCUCUCCCUUUAUCUGUACACCAAUCCUGAACUUGACUAUCAGUCCCUUUAUCUGUACACCAAUCCUGAACUUGACUAUCAGUCCCUUUAUCUGUACACCAAUCCUGAACUUGACUAUCAGUCCCUUUAUCUGUACACCAAUCCUGAACUUGACUAUCAGUCCCUUUAUCUGUACACCAGUCCUUACCUUGACUGUCAAUCCCUAUAUCUGUACACCAAUCUUGAACUUGACUGUCAGUCCCUUUAUCUGUACACCAAUCCUUAA